CACUAGCUGCGCAGCCGCGGUGGAUGAUAGGCCUUCACGGCUGGGCCCACCGCUGUUUAUUCUACUGGUUUUUUGCUCGGGUGGGGAAGACAAGCUUCGUGGCCAAGUGCGGGAGAAAACUGGUGCCUUCACCACCACAUCCCCAGUGGCUUUUGUAUAAUUACGGUGCUCGUGUUUUGCUAGUACUGCUACAUCUGUCUGUACAUGGAAGGAAUCCGAGUUGGGUUACGUAAUCCCUUUUGUUCUGUCACAACAACCCUGUGAAGUAGGUUGUAUUGAAAGUGAGUGAUUGGCCAAAGUCACCCAAGGAGUUUCAUGGCUGAGUGGGGACUUUAACCCUCUUCUCUCAAGUCCCAGUCCGGCUCUUUAACCUUUAGAUCGCAUCGGCAUUGCAGUGCAGAACCUCCGCUAAAUCCUGAGAGCCAUGUCCUUAUUCCAGGGUGGACUCUCCUACACGUUGUGAGACUGAGAGAGAGUGUUUCUGGCUGGGUGUCCGCAGGGAGCCUCACACCUUGGUCUUGAAUACAGUAUUUCCCCAUGAUGCUCUCUCUACCUGUUACAAAUCUAUCAGUAGUCAAAAAUUGUAGCCUUCUCUGUAAUAUACAAUGUAAAAGACAUGACUGAAGCCAUGUGCCCUAAGGAUGUUCCACUCUGCUAUAUUAUUGUUUCUGUAUCAACUGUAGUAAAAGGUCUCAAGUAGGUUUACAACCCUUUCUUGAAGCCAUUAAAUGGAAUAGUAUUUAUUUUUACGCAACAGUCAUAGAUUAUAGGGUCCCAUAAUGAGCCAAUUAGACAAUUAUAUGCAGCAACUAGAAAUGCAUUACAAAAUUUAAGAAAUCAGCUCAGUGUUCAGUGCUGGGUGUAUUAUUGUGUUAUCAGAAUAAAAUAAGACAAAUUAAGCUUUAUUCAUUUUUUGCUUUAAAUGCACAAUUCAGAUAAACUUGUUAUUAACUGAGGGAAGCGGGGCAGAAACAAUGUGCCAGAUGAAGAGAGAAAUAAUGGGUAGAGAAUAAACUGUUGACAUGUUAACCUCUCCCACUUUAUAGUGUGCUGUUCCUUCAGGGAGCUUAAAGCGCUGUACUUUGUUCCCUGCAUUUUAUUGUCACAAAACCCCUUUGAGAUGUGCUUGGUUGUGAUAGAGCCACUAGGCCUGGGCCCGCCGGUAAGCUUCAGGGCCAAGAGAAGACUUGAAUCUGGGUCUGUAUACAAACAUGACAGCACUUUUGUGGGAGGAUUCUGAUGGAGAAAGUACUUGAAGGAAUGACUCCAGGGAGAGUCUUGGAGAAGCAUAGGCCGAUUCUGAUGCUGCUGGAAGAGCCUUUUCUUGUGGGCAUGGAUGAACAAAAUGGAGGACUAGUUGCAUAUUUAUGAACGUGGAUGUUGCUCUCUUGCCUUUGCUGUUUUUAUUGUUUCCCUAUUUUCUAAGAAAUAGCAUGUAUUUUCAUAUUCUCUGGGAUGCAUCACUUUCUGCAUUAGAAUAUUAUGACACUCUUGUAGGAAGUUUUAUUUAAUAUGUGUUAAUGCUUAGAGAAACUGCCUUGUAAACAGGGUUAAGCAAAUAACUUGAAACAUUGAGAGCAUGUUUGGUGAAAUCAGCAGACAGCCCUGUUACCAAAUGUUGCCUAAUUAGAUGUUUAUGCCACUUAAGCAGAGAUGCUGUAUGCAGGGCCAGCAUGCAAGUGCACUUCCCCAUGGGGAAAAACAUGAUGGCUUCUCUCCCCAUCCCACCCCCCGGCAUCCUGAGCAGCUCUCUUAAGGUCUAAGGGACAUAUGGACUGUGUAUUGUGCACCCUGUGCUAGAAUGAUAUUGUAGUGUAGUCUUUUCCAUCCUAGCACAAUCUAGAUAUUCUUAGACUACAGCUCCCACCAGCCCCAGCCAGCAUGGCUAUUAUUCACAUGUAAUAGAGGUAGUCCAAAAUCUGGGAACCACCGUGUUGGGGUGACUGAUAAUGUGAAUUGAAAUGCUUCACUGAAUGCAUUGUACAGUCACAGUAUAUUCAUGUUUAUAUUCUUGUGAGAGGGUUUUAUAGCCCUUUUGAACUGUUAAGCCAUCUCUUGCCAAUAGAUUCCCCUGACAUUCUCAAAGAGUGAGAUUCCAGGGGUAUUUGUUUUCGAGGUUUAACUUUGAAAUAGGCAUUAAGCUUAAAAAGGAGUUAUGGUUCAUUUUAUGGUACUUUCACUUCAUCUACACACCUUUAUAAAACAAAGGUUUUGCAGAGGUCACACAGCAAAUUGGGAAAAGGGGUCAAAAACCAGACGUAGAAAACAGCUGGUUAUUGUGAGAGACUCCAUUGGGCCAUAUGCAUCCUGUGCUAAUAAGGAAAAGGGAUUCUAAAAUGCACAGUUCUUCCGAGAAGCUGUUGCAAUUUACGUAGGUGGUUGGAGUUGAAAUUGACUCAUAUGCCACUGAAAUCAAAGCUGGAAGUGUCAGCUGGACCAUGCGCCUUGGCAGGCGUCAGCCAUGGUGGCCCUGCUGUCACGUUCCUGGUCCCUCUCUGUCUUUGAGGCUUGACUGGUGGCCCUGGAGAGUGAUAUUUCCUGCACUAACCUAGCCAAAAACUGGUGACUUUGCAAAAUCCAGACAGUACAAAUGGCGCAUAGUACAGCACAACAGUUGUGCCUGUUCCUUUUAAACAGAAGCUACAGAAUGCCUGGGCAGAUGCAGAUACCGUGAGAAAAGCUGUUUAUUGGGAUAGUCAUGUUGAAUAUUACAAGGCCUUGUUGUUUUUGCAAAUAACAGUUUUUAUUCUCCACUGUUUUUAUUUACCUUAUAUUUGUCUCCCUGAUUUGAAAAAGGAGUGAUUAUAAGGGAAAUGGAGGAGGAAUGGACAGUGGGUGGUGAGGGACUUUUGCCACACUUUCUAUCUUCAGCCCCAGGACCUCUUGAAAGAGGGUUCUGUAGGGCUGGUGAUACCAGACCCCCCCCCCCCACCAAGGAAUACCCUAAAGGGGGAUCAUUACAGCUAAAUGCUUUAAUUUGCAUUUGAGGCAAACUGAGCUGCUUUUUCUCUUGUUCCUCUUUCUUGUUUUUAUUGUUCUUAUUAAAUUCCUUAGCCACUUUUCUCAGAAAAGACUCAGUAUGCACUGCAAAAAAACAAACAAAAAAACAACAACGCCUAAUGCAUACCAAAUGUCAAACUAAAAGCAGUUACCCAAUAAAGUAACAUCACCCCAGAAAACAACUGAAGCAUCCUUGGGUGGCAUAACCAGUGCAGUUGACACUUGAAAGAGGCCAUCAGGUGCCUGUGAGUAGAGGAGAGAGCCUGCCAGCCAAGCGAUGAGGGUGUUGGCUGCAGGCAGACCUUGCUGCUCAUCCCCAGAAAGGCCCUUUCCCAUGUUGCCCUUCCCCACCCCUUCCUAAAUGGAGGAAUAUUAUUAAAAGUGAGAGUUGUGUUGGGGAAAGGGGAAGCUGCUGUAGAUACGAAAAGUGCCUUGCUGGCAAUUUGGGCAGCGCCAAUUUAUGGUCCAGGUCCAAACCACAAAUGGCAAGUUGUCCUGUAUUAACCGUUCCUAUAAAGCAUCAUCAUGUCUGCGCAGAUUACCCUAACAAAAAGAGGAAGAGGAGCCGAUGGAACCAGGAUGCCAUGGACCAGAAGACUGUCAUCCCCGGAAUGCCCACCGUCAUCCCCCCCGGGCUUACCCGCGAGCAGGAGAGAGCCUAUAUAGUGCAACUGCAGAUAGAAGACCUGACUCGUAAACUGCGCACAGGAGACCUGGGCAUCCCCCCUAACCCUGAGGACAGGUCUCCUUCCCCAGAACCAAUUUACAACAGCGAGGGGAAGCGUUUGAACACCCGCGAGUUCCGCACGCGCAAGAAGCUGGAGGAGGAGAGGCACAACCUGAUCACAGAGAUGGUGGCGCUCAAUCCAGACUUCAAGCCACCCGCUGAUUACAAACCUCCAGCUACUCGAGUGAGUGACAAGGUGAUGAUCCCGCAAGACGAAUAUCCCGAGAUCAACUUUGUGGGGCUUCUGAUUGGGCCCAGAGGGAACACCCUGAAGAACAUUGAGAAGGAAUGCAAUGCCAAGAUUAUGAUCCGAGGCAAAGGGUCUGUCAAAGAAGGAAAGGUGGGAAGGAAGGACGGCCAGAUGCUGCCCGGCGAGGAUGAGCCGCUUCAUGCUUUGGUCACUGCCAACACCAUGGAGAACGUGAAGAAGGCUGUGGAGCAGAUAAGGAACAUUCUGAAGCAAGGCAUCGAAACGCCGGAGGACCAGAAUGACCUGCGCAAGAUGCAGCUGCGGGAGCUGGCCCGCCUGAACGGGACGCUGCGCGAGGACGACAACCGGAUUCUGCGCCCCUGGCAGAACACGGAGACCCGCAGCAUCACCAACACCACCGUGUGCACCAAGUGUGGCGGAGCUGGCCACAUAGCAUCCGACUGCAAGUUUGCCAGGCCUGGGGAUCCGCAGUCGGCACAGGACAAGGCCCGCAUGGACAAGGAGUAUUUGUCUCUGAUGGCAGAGCUGGGGGAGGCGCCUGUGCCCGCGUCCGUUGGGUCUUCUUCUGGGCCUUCGAACCCAGCCUUGCCCAGUGGCCCGAGACCUUCUGGGCCGGGAAACAACCAGCCGCCUCCUAACCGCCCACCUUGGAUGAACUCUGCCCCCUCGGAAAACCGGCCUUUCCAUGGCAUGCAUAGCGGUGGUGGCGGCGGCGGCGGCGGCAGUGGCGGCGGCGGCGGCGGUGGCGGGGGAGGCCCCGCGGGGCCGGGAGGCCCGCACAAUUUCCCACACCCCAUGUCAAAUAUGGGAGGCCAUGGGGGCCACCCCAUGCAGCACAACCCCAAUGGGCCUCCGCCCUGGAUGCAGCCCCACAACCCUCCCAUGAACCAGGGGCCCCACCCCCAUGGCCCUCCAGGCCCGCACCAUAUGGAUCAGUACCUGGGCAAUGCGCCAGUGGGCUCUGGGGUCUAUCGCCUCCAAGGAAAAGGUAUGAUGCCGCCUCCGAUGGGUAUGAUGCCCCCUCCGCCCCCUCCGCCCAGUGGCCAGCCUCCCCCGCCUCCCUCUGGUCCUCUUCCCCCAUGGCAGCAGCAGCAGCAGCCUCCGCCCCCGCCUCCCAGCAGCAGUACCCCCUUGCCAUGGCAGCAAAAUACGACGACCACCACCACCACGAGCGCUGGCACCGGGGCCAUCCCUCCAUGGCAGCAGCAGCAGCAGCAGGGGGCGGCGGCAACUUCUACGGGGGGCCCGCAGAUGCAAGGCAGCCCCUCCAUGGUGCCUUUGCCUCCCGGGGUCCAGCCUCCGCUGCCCCCCGGGGCCCCCCCUCCUCCCCCGCCCCCCCCGCCUGGCUCCGCGGGCAUGAUGUACGCCCCUCCCCCUCCUCCGCCUCCCAUGGACCCUUCUAACUUCGUCACCAUGAUGGGAGUGGGGGUCCCAGCCUUGCCACCGUUCGGCAUGCCCCCCGCCCCCCCACCCCCCCCACCACAGAACUGAGGAAUGGUGUUUCUGUCCAGUUGUCUUUCUCACCAGUAUGGAGCCAGGAUUCGGAGCGGGGAGGCCUGCGAGCCCCCCCAGGAGCACAUCACGGAUGCACCCCCCCUCCCUACUCUGUCUUUAGAGAGGUGUGUGACUUCUCAGGCGCCCGUCUCGAUUGACUGACUGGUGUGCUUCAAUAGCAGAACUUACUUUACCCAUCAGGAUCCUAGUGCUGAGCCCCCUCCGGAGGAGGGCCUCCGGCUUCCCUUAGCGCGAGAGCCAGGAGCAUGUGGGAUGCUCCUGCCCGGAAGCCGGACGCGGCCGUGGCGGGGCAAGGCCCCUUCUGUGAAUCGAUGCAUCUUCACCUUGCCCCCGGGGCUGGAACAGUGGCUUUUGUUAAUCUCCUAGAUUUUUAUCCUCUUCUUAAGGGACACCCAUUUUCCACGGCCAUGUGCAUUUCCACCGUUAACACACUUCUGCCAGUACAGUUGAAGGAGCAAAUGGAUUUUUGUAGCUUCCUCCGGGGCUGAGGUUACAUGCAGCACCGCUCAGCCAGGACUGCUGGUCGUUUUCCCUCAGUCCUUAGCCGAGAGCAAAGGUAGAUCCCGCCGCGUGGGUCUGCCCAUGAAAUGAUGGGGCCUCAGCUCACCUGUACCCUCUCACUAAAUAGCUAAGCUGAAAUCAGCACAGGGUGGGCAUCUUGGUUUUAUUUGAGGUCAGUUUGUCUCUUGUCCCAUCUGCCUGGAAACUCCUUUCCGGUGGUUUUUUUUUUUUUUUUAAUUUUUUUCAAACACAUUUUGAGUGUUCUGUGGUUUGGGGUGGCCCCACCCGCAGACUGAAUGAUUCCUGUUGACGAUGAUGUGUGUGUACAACGCUUCAUUUGGUCUCCUGUAACCAUUUUCUUAAUUGCUUUUUUGUGUAAGAUGAAAACUGCAGUGAAGGGGAGGUUCAAAUUAAAUGCAGCUUUUGAAAUCGUC